UUAGAAACUAGAAAACAAAAUUGUAUUGUAAAUAAAGCAAUGGUGGCGCUAAAAGGUAAAGCUCUAAACGAAGCCUCACCUCAUAUGCUUUUCUAGAUUCCAAAUUUCAUUCGAUCUCAGUUUGUUCAAACUUCUCAUAUUUCAAUCUUAUCUUAUCAAAUCAGUAUAUUCUACAGUUUUGCAGAGGGAGAAUGUAUAUUGGGGCUCAUGGCAUUGCAGCUCUGCAUAGACACAAAUACAGUGGCGUAGAUCAUUCCUAUGUGGCCAAAUAUGUAUUACAGCCCUUUUGGAGUCGGUUUGUUACUAUUUUUCCCCUAUGGAUGCCUCCAAACUUGAUAACUCUGACAGGAUUUAUGUUCUUACUAUUGUCUGCAUUGCUUGGCUAUAUAUACUCACCUCAAUUGGACACAGCUCCUCCAAGAUGGGUUCAUUUUGCCCAUGGGCUACUUCUGUUUUUAUACCAGACAUUUGAUGCUGUUGAUGGGAAGCAAGCUAGGCGAACAAAUUCUUCAAGCCCAUUGGGGGAGCUGUUUGAUCAUGGGUGUGAUGCACUUGCUUGUACGUUUGAAGCACUUGCUUUUGGGAGCACAUCCAUGUGUGGAAGAAGUACUUUCUGGUGGUGGUUAAUAUCUGCAGUUACAUUUUAUGGUGCAACCUGGGAGUACUAUUUCAUCAAUACACUUAUACUUCCUGUUGUAAAUGGACCUACUGAGGGUCUUAUGAUAAUAUACUUCGCUCACUUUUUCACUGCUAUCGUGGGUGCUGAAUGGUGGGCUCAGCAGUUUGGAAAGUCCUUGCCUUUUUUGAAUUGGCUGCCAUUUAUUGCGGAUGUUCCAACAUACACAGCUGUAUUGUGGUUGAUGGUAGUUUUUGGUGCUAUCCCAACUAUCACAUUCAAUGCUCUUAAUGUUUAUAAGGUUGUGAAGGCAAGAAAUGGAAGUAUGCUCCGUGCAUUGGCAAUGCUUUAUCCAUUUGUUGUCCUUUCCGGAGGAGUGCUUGUGUGGGAUUAUUUGUCACCUUCUGACAUCAUAGCGAAUUAUCCACAUUUAGUUGUUAUGGGAACAGGACUUGCUUUCGGAUAUCUUGUGGGAAGGAUGAUUUUGGCCCACUUAUGUGAAGAACCAAAGGGCCUAAAAACUGGAAUGUGCAUGUCCCUCCUGUAUCUUCCAUUCGCCAUUGCUAAUGCACUUGCGUCAAGGCUAAACGACGGGGUUCCAUUAGUUAACGAGAGACUAGUUCUUUUUGGUUACUGUGCAUUUACAGGAUCACUUUACUUGCAUUUCGCAACGUCUGUCAUUCAUGAAAUUACAGAUGCACUUGGAAUAUAUUGCUUCAGGAUUACAAGGAAGGAAGCUUGAAACUACCAAGAUUUACUUUUGGCACCCCUUUUUUUUUACAAUAGUUGUGGCCUUUUCUAUCUAAUACAUUGUAAACUAUCAUUUUUUUUUAACGGUGUGUGUUUGUUUCAAGUGAUCUAAUUUCUAGGAAAUAUAUGGAUAGAGAAUUUGUAUUCAUAGUUUACUAUUAUAAAAUUUUGUUUGAGUGCAAAAGAUUCCCUAGUUCCCUAGCAAAAAA